CUUUCACACACAGAACAGUGGACAAGACAACAAUGUUAAGCAUCUCAAGGCCAAGCUGGAGUACAAAAAGAUAAAAACCCAGGUUCCCAAGCUCUGACAAACAGUACCUUGUGCAGCAUCACUGACUGGUCACUUGUAUCUCCUCCUCCUCCAACCAGAGGCACGGCGCUAACUGUACACUUUGUACACCGCGGCUCUAACGCUACAUCAGUUGAUCUACAGAUUAACCAUCCGUCCCGGGCACCAUGUACUGUGCAUUUAUUGUAUUCACGGUGCUUUUGGGCUCUUCAAUGGCGAUUGCAUUUGUCUUACAGCCUUCCAGGGAAGAACCUGCAGCUUCUGCAAACUCUCAAACUCCCAGGUGCCAGGGUGAGUCAUUGCAGUCUAUCAGGAAGGGUCUCCUCAGGGCCCUGAAUCUGCAGACUGAGCCACGGCUGCCUAACGCUGGGUUGGACCAUGUCGGGCAGCAAUGGAGGACCACCUUCAGCGAUAUCGCUCACAGAGCCAGAGAUGCUGCAGCUCCAGCUGUGUCUGGCAGCCUGGAGUCACCUGGUAGAAACACUACGAGCCUGAAGUGCUGUUCCAUGGCCUCUGAGAUCUUCAUGAAAGAUCUGGGAUGGGACAGCUGGAUGAUCCUCCCUGUCAGCGUAACCAUCGUCAGAUGUGCACUCUGCAACCCUGAUGGGAAAGUGCAGUGUCCAUCAUCUCACUCCGAUGUCCAGGAUGUAGACUCACAGAUCCAGGUGCCAUGCUGUCAGCCGACCUCACAGGAAAAGGUGCUUGUUGUUUAUGUGGAUGGAUCUGGAACUAUCGUCCUCUCCUCCAUGCAGAUAACCAGCAGCUGCAGCUGUGGACAUGUCAACCUCCUGCAGCCCAGUGGAGAGUAAACUUUGAUUUAUAGUCCUGAGUAUGCGUCAUCUAGGACAAACAAACAAAGCAAUGUGCAGGAUUACUGUUUCUUACCAACAAACUUGCAGAUUUUGUAGACUAGUUCUCUUCAUUCUAGGUGUUAUCUCACAUCCUCAAAGCUUGUAUUCAACACUGAGUGUGGGAACCAAACCAU